AUGGGAGCAUGUUUGAGUGUGUUUGGCGGUAAGCCUGAUAAUGAGGAUGAUCAAAAUACUAAUUCCAAGUUGCUUGGUGAUGAUCAAAAAUAAGAAGAUUUAGAAGAUGAUAUGGGCUCUACCAAACCUAACUCUGAAGAGACAGUUAGAAUUUAAAUUAAGGGAAAUAACGAAGAUGAAUAAAAUAAUUAAUAAAAAGUUGUAUUGAGCGAUUUUGAAAUUUUAAAGGUUAUUGGUGAAGGUUCUUUCGGAAAAGUUUUCAUGGUCUAGAAGAAAGAUGAUGGCAAGAUUUACGCAAUGAAGUAAUUGAGAAAAAGCAAUUUAACUAAACAGCACCAAAAGCUAAAGACCAUUGAGGAAAAAAAUAUUAUGGUUAACAUGAAAUCUCCCUUCAUUGUUCAGUUGAAAUAUGCCUUCUAAACCACUACUAAACUUUACUUUGUUAUGGACUUUAUGCAAGGUGGUGAAAUGUUUUAUCAUAUCAGAAAGGCCAAAUACUUUAAAGAAGACGUAGCUAGAUUCUAUGUCUCAGAAUUAGUACUCGCACUGGAAUAUCUCCAUUCUAAAGACACUAUUUAUAGAGAUUUAAAACCAGAAAAUAUACUACUAGGAGCAGAUGGACACAUCAAGAUAUGUGACUUUGGUCUCUCCAAAUAAGGUGUAAAAGACUCAGAUAAGACCAAAACAAUUUGUGGCACUCCUGAAUACUUAGCUCCUGAAAUUCUAUUAGGUUAACCUCAUGGUAAAGAAGUAGAUUGGUACAGUUUGGGUUGUGUACUUUAUGAAUUUCUUUCUGGCGCUCCACCUUUCUACAGCAGAGACAAGCAAUAAAUGUAUCAAUAAAGAAUCAACAGUGAUAUUCAAAGAAAACCUUAGUUCUAGAAUGAUGCAUGGGAUCUCAUUUAGUUAUUGCUUGCUAAAAAUCCUAAAGACAGAUUGAAUACUGCUGCUUAAGUAAAAAGCCAUCCAUUUUUCAAAACAGUUGAUUGGGAAAAAUUGUUGAAUAAAGAUGUUAGACCUCCUUUCGUACUUAAAUUCAACAAUGAAUAAGAUACCAGAUAUAUUUCUAAUGAAUUUGUUAAACAAGCUGUAUAAAAUACCCCUUACACUCCUAAUGUCGGAGGUUUGGCAGGAGGAAAUCAAGAUUUUGAUGGAUUUACCUACUAAGGAGGAGUAAGCAUCAACAAUAAUUGA